AUGGCGGCAUCCGCAUCCUCACCUAAUCAAAAUCUGACUGGCAGCCUCUGGGACAAGGCCUACAACAGGCUAGAUAAGACCCUCAGGUCAAGCCUGGGCCAGGCAACGACACACAAGCGCGACGUCUUGGCAGCCGUUCUGAGGGCUGCUGAAGAUAAGAGGGACAAGAGUCUCCAGGGGCGCUGGAAAGUCAAGUUGCCGAAUCGUGAGAUAGUCAUCGUGCGCGAUGUCCUCGAGAAGAUCACCAGAUGGGUUGUCCGUUUCAAGGAGGUUGGCGAUAUUGCCGUUCAGUACGACCCAACCCACGCUUCACUGCCGUGGGCGGCUGUGCGUUUCUUGCUGCAGGUCACAGUCAAUGAUAUCCAGCAAUACGGGGCCAUGCUAGUGGACAUCGAGGUCAUUUCGAGGCUGAUCACUCGCUACAAGGAGUUUGAACUUCUGCACCUGCCAAGAAAUGCUCCGGUGCCGCCACCUCUGGACGAUGCCCUUACGAGUCUUUAUACGGAAGUUCUGAUAUACUUGGCCCGGGCCAUAGACGUCUUGUCGGAGAGAACCUUGCUGCGGCUGGCGAAAGCUCCUUUCAGGCUAGGCGACGAGGAGCGGAUGCAGCGCAUCUUGAAGCGGGAGGAUGAGGUUUGGAAGCUUGCCAAACUCAACGACACUGAGAAGUUGCGUUCCGUGGAAGUAUCGCUCGUGCGACUGAUAGAUCAGGCGAGCAUCAGCAGCCAGAUGCUGGAUGAUGAACGCCAUGGACAGAUGCGAUCGAAGUCAGCUCGCCUCAGCGGCUUGGAUCUCGCGAGGCUCAAGACAAAAGAAUGUGUGGAUCUCAUCAUUGAGAUUGUUAACGAUGACCCCAUCACCAUCGUUCUGGAUGCCAUCGAUCAAAUUCGGGAUGCUCAGCGAUUUGUUCUGUUCGAUGCGAUGAAUCGAAUCCUGGGCGAAGCGGCUAAUGUUGUCAAGAUCUUCUUGACGAGCAGGAAUGAUACCGAGGUCGUAUCGUCUUUUCCUACCGCCAAGACGGUGAGCACAAACAGUGCCAACGUGCGUGGGGAUAUGCAACAAUUCAUCCAUCUAGAGCUUGACAACGCGAAGCUACUGAAUGGAUGCGCAUCGUCUGAGGUUCGGACGGCCUUGGCCGACGAAAUAUUGGCUGGUGCUGGCGAGAUGUUCCUUUGGGCUCACCGCCAAAUUCAGCAGCUGAGGAUGCGCAAGAUCAAGCAGGAAGAGGACCUACUACCAGCCUUGAAAACCAACAUUCUGGCCGAUUUGGACCAGCUCUAUGAGGAGACCUUGCAACAAGUCUUAAGCGGAGGAGAUACGGCUCGCUCCUUUGUCAUCCAUAUUUUCUCAUGGCUUUUAUACAUGAAGUCGCCCCUGACACUGUCGACACUGAUUGAUGCCAUGUCUGUUUCGAAAGUCAGUUCUGCUAUUAUUAACACGAUACAAGUGUCGGACAUGUGCGCCCACUUGGUGGUGGCGGAUACAAGACAAGAUGCUGUACGCUUUGCGCACCAGUCGAUAAAGGAAUACCUUCUCCGCGCCAAGCAGGAUCUUUUCUCCCCCUGCAUAUCACACGCUCUUCUAGCCUCAACCUGUAUCGAGGUUUGCUCGCGCGGUCCCCCUCAUGGUCAACCACUGGAAGUACAAAUCCUCAGCAUCUACGUCUACGCCGCGAUGUAUUGGGCUCCGCACUUCAAAGGUGCGGAAGUGCUCGAGGGGAACAGUGACCUCUUCAUGCGCAUGCUAUCAUUUGUUGUCGACGAGGAUGACAUGAUGCCCAGCCUCUCCUUUGAAACCUGGAUGGAUACAGCUGCAGAGUUGGCAUCGCUGCUACCAAAUCAUCACCCCAUGAAGCCAGCACUCGACGCCAUACCCAACGAACAGUCGUCUCCAGUCUUUUUGGCUGCCGUUUUUGGAGUUGACGGGCUGCUGAAACUCCUUGUCGAGUCAGGUAUCGAGAUGGAUUGGAACCAGCGCAACAAAAGAGGCACUACGGCUGUCUAUCUUGCAGCAGCUUUCGGGAACGCUUCUACGGUAUCCUUUCUCAUCAACCAGGGUGCGGAGGUUAAUGUGGAGUGCGGGAGACACGGCAGCCCUCUGCAUGCUGCCUGCUACGGAGGCCACGAAGAAGCGGUGAAACGGCUUCUUAGCCACAAUGCCUCUGUCACAUGCGGGAAAAGAUUUGAAAAUGCCUUUGACGCCUGUACUCAUGGGGACCAUGAGGAGAUCGCCAUUGUUCUCGUUCAAAGCGGUACAAUCAAGACUCAGGAAGAUUACGAGCACGCGCUUCAGGCAGCUACUGAGUUUGGCUUCAUCAGCCUCCUAGCUGAGCUUCAAAAGCCGAGCUUUAAAUCGUUCCGGCAGAAUGAUAUGAUCGAUAGGCAGAAGGCGAGGAUGACAAGGGCAAUCAAGGGCGGACAGCUAGGUGUCCUUCGCAAGGUUCUCAGCCGCGCAUCGGACCCUUCGACACUGGUUGAAGCCGACGCUGUCGCGACCGCGGCAUCAUGUGGCCACAAUGAUAUCAUCCGCUUCCUACUUGGUAUAGGCAUGGAUAUCGAGGCGAAAGGGGAGUUUGGCACGCCCUUGCGCUCGGCAUGCUUAAUGGGUCGGAAGUCUACCGUUCAGCUCCUCAUGGAGCAAGGAGCCGGAGUCAACUCAAGCUCAUCAGAAAAUGACACUCUUCAUGCUGCGGCUGGCAAGGGACAUGCGGCGAUUGUGAAAAUGCUAGUUCAGGGAGGAGCAUAUGUCAACCGCCACGAUUCGAUGGAGUUUGCUUUGAGUACGGCAUCUGAGAAUGGAAUCACGACCGAGGAUAUCAACAAGAUGGUGUUCAGUUGGCCUCCCACCCCGGAGAAAUACAACAUCUGCGUCGUUGACAAGGAACAACUCAAACGUGACCUCAUGGGGGCCUGCGCGUCCGGAGACAAAGAUGGCGUGUCUUCUGUCCUCGCGUGUAGCUUGCGGGCUUUCGAGAGGUUUGACCGCUACGGAAGACUAUGCAUCAUGACUGAGGAAGAAUCUUCAAGGAGAGCAGAAGUUGUGGAAUGCCUCCUGGUCAAUGGGGCUGAUCCAUCAUCCCUCGACGGUCAGGAUGCUUUUCCCAUCCAGGUCGCUGCAAAUCUCUGCCCCGCGGCUGUUAUCGGAAAACUCAUGGAUGCUGGUGCGGAUGUCAUGUAUGUGCACGACGGUGAAUCAGCUUUGGAUGCAGCAACCGAGAGGAAUUCAGGCUCAGCCAACAUCGUACGGAUGAUACUAGAGGCCGGAGGAGCCUUCCCAAUGGAUCUGGAGAGAGGAAAAAUUCUCAUCGAGAAGGCCCUCAAGUGCUUUCAUGUUGACCCGUACAGAGAUUACUUCUUGGAUUUUCCUUACCCUGACGGCCGCCUAACUCUGAGGCCCUCGCUGGUUGACGUCUUUGAGAAUGGACCUGGCGCCGUGCUUGAACUACUCCUUCGACAAUAUCCAGACCACAAGACUGACGAGGAGAUUUACAUAUGCGUCCUGCAAAUGGUCUGCCUACUCGGAAAGCAAGACUUGGUUGAGCUCCUCCUGACGCGCGGGGCAGAUCCCAACAGGUCCGGAUACUGCUACGGAACCCCUCUUCAGGCCGCGGCGCGCAGCGGGCAGCUCGGAAUUGUGGGAUUGCUUCUUCGGCACGGCGCCAGCGUAAAUACCGUCCAGGGCCGAUGGGACACCGCCCUGCGAGCGGCAACAAUUGGUGGUCACAGCGACAUUGUUCGUCUCUUGAUGUCCCAUGGCGCCGAUAUCAACCUCAAAGCUGGUACACAACAGUCCUCGCUUCCGGAUGAUGAGAGCAGGUCUCCAAGUGCUUUGCAGCUCGCGGUUGCAAGUGGUGACAUGGACACCGUCAACGCACUCCUCGAAGCAGGCGCAGUUGUCGAUGAAGAUUGCAGGGCCAUUGUGCAAAUGUUGGUCGACAACGGCGCUGAUCCAAACAUAGAUGAGUGCGCCUUCGGCAAGCCCCUGCAUAUUGCGUGUCUGAUAGGAAGCACGGCGAUCGUCACGAUGUUGUUGGAUGUGGGAGCCGAUGUCAACGCGGCAAAUGGCUACUUCGGCACCCCUCUGUUUGCGGCAAUGCACGGGGAGCAUUCUGACGUUGUCUCCCUGCUUCUCGAGCAUGGAGCAGACGUGAACUACGUGCAUCAAGCGCAUGGGACACCGCUGCACUUCGCGUGCGCCAUCGACAACGGAGCAAUGACUCGCAGGCUACUGCAGCAUGGGGCCUCCGUCGCGAUGCCAAAUCAAGCUGGCCAGACCCCCCUCACACUUGCUCUGAAGGACCCUCGACAAAACCGAUACCAUAGUAAUUCCCCUGAUAUGGAUGGCUCCAGCUUGCUCAGUAUCGUCCAAGAAGCUUCGCAAAAUGUCCAGCUCCGCGUGGACGUUAUCUUGGAGGCAGCUCGGAUCAACGUCGAUUUAGGCCCGCUACUUCGACCUCGUCGAUCGCCUAAUCCGCAUGGAACAGAGGCUGCAGGAUGA